UUUGACAAUUUGAUGUGUUUUGUGUUGUUGUUUCAAUAAAACUGAAGUUUUCGAUAAAUAAAAUAACUCUUUAGUAAAUAAAAUCAUCCACAACAUUCGUGCCAACUCAAUGAAAACAAUGUGACAUACAUUCGGCAACAAUGGAAGAAGAAAAACUUAUUAAACGUAAGAAGAAAGCCUUAAACGGGAGCAACAGGCGUGUCUUAGCCGAGGCGCACAACGACCUCGCGACGUUUUACUACAAGAACCACCGCUACAGUGAUGCUCUGGACGAGUAUAAGUCCGAGGCGGCUAUCUGCAAGGAGCUGGGUCUGCGGCUCGAGUGGGGCACCUGCUGCCGCAUGAUCGGCGAGAUGUACAUGCUGAUGGCCGAGUUCGACAAGGCGCUCAAGUAUGAGGAGCGGCAUUUAGCUGUGUCCAAAGAACUGAAUAACCUGGUGGAGGAGCAGCGAGCGAUGGCCACACUCGGCCGCAUCUACCUGCUCCGCGGACAGAGCUCUGGCAAAGAGGAGGAAGCUAAUGCCUCAUUGAAGGCUGCCGAGAAAGCCUUUAUGAAGAGCCUUGUGUUGUGUGAAAAACUAAGUGGCAAAAUAAACAAACAUGAGCUAAUGGACAUGAGAGCACGCUUGCUCCUCAACAUCGGUGUGGUCCAGGAGUACCUUGGCCACUUGGACAAAGCCAUCGACUGCAUCCAGAAGGCCAUCUCGAUCUGCACCAGCCAAGACCUGUACGAUGUGCUGCAUCAGUGCUACAUUACUGAUGCACUGAUCUAUGCCAAUAAGAAGAAGGAUAAUGCUAAAGCUCUCAGCUGUUUGAAUAAAGCUUUGGAGGUGGCUAGUAGACUGGAGGACAAGGUAUUAAAAACCUGCGAGACAUUAUCAGCCAAGGCAGACAUCCUAGUCAAAAUGUCGGACUACCACAGUGCGCGGCAGGUGCUGCUGCGCGCGUGGAAGCUCAACACCCCUGAUGAGGAGGAGCGGGAGACCAUCGAGGGGAACCUGAGAGUCGUGGCAGCGAUGUGCUACACAGAAGACCAGCUAAUAACCGCCGACCCGUCAGACCACUCUACACUCAAGCGGCUACACGAGGCUCUGGGCGACGGCGCGUGUCACUUGAAGCACUACGCCGGCGCCGCCGACCACUACCUCAAGAUGUUAGAACAGGCGGAGCUGAGUGGGGAUAGAGGGAAGAUGUUGAUCCCUAUUUAUGUCAGCCUAUACCAAACGUACAAAGACAUGGGCCGCUACAGCGAAGCGCUAGACUACUACGAAAAGGAAUAUGAACUCAUUAAAGACGAACCUAAAGAAGCAUUCACGACUCUGUACAACAUUGCCGAGGCCCUGUUCUUGGCCAAACGACCCUACGACCAGGUGGAAAAGGCAUGUCUUGACGCCAGAAAUGCUGCAAAAGAAUGGAACAAAAGGAAGUACGAAAUACGCACUCUGAAAUGCCUCCUGAAAUACCAAGAGGCGUACGGCGAGACUGAAAAAAUGGAGCACUGUAAGAACGAGCUGACGUGCCUCGGAUAUGACGAUUUUGACAAUCUGGACAACUCUGAUGAUGAACAGAGUUCGGCGGGUGGUGAUGAUGAUGUGACUCGCAUCGGUGAUGACAUCUGCCUAGAGGAUUUGACUGAUUUAUCGGACAAUGACGAGGAGACAGUAGCGGAGAUGUCGAGAGAAAUAAGGAAACGGGGCAGAGGGUUCACCAUCAAGAAGAAUAUGAAGGGAGAAACACAACUACAUCAAGCGUGCAUAUCAGGCAACAAGCCGCUAGUCCAACGUCUACUUUCAAGCGGACAUCCAGUCAACAUCCGCGACAACGCGGGCUGGACGCCGCUGCACGAAGCCUGCAUCCACGGCCGCGCCGCGCUACUGGAUGUGUUAGUGGAUGCCGGGGCUAAUGUGAAUGAUAGGGGCGGCAGCGAGUGUGAGGGAAUAACUCCCAUUUACGACGCGGCCAGCAACGGGCAUUUGGAGAUUGUGGAGACUCUGUUGAACCGCGGCGCCGUCGCCUCGCUCAAGACAGACUUCGGGAAGACUCCUCUUGACGCCCUACGAGAGUGGCGGGCCGGGAGAGUGCUGGAUAAGGAUGAAGAAACGUUAUAUAACAGUAUAUGUAAUAGACUACACAGUGCCAUAGAGAAAACUAACGUAGAUGUCGCAAGAAAAUCUGUUACACCAGUUAAAUGUAAUAAAGUUGUGACACCGCCUAGCACUUCAAAAUCGAAUAGAGAUGUAGAUUUAGAUACCCCAGUGUUUAAAAGGAGAAAUGUAAUUGAAGACGAUAGCGAUGAAGAUUUGGAUUUAACGCAAAAAAUACGCGACGUGCAGGCGUUUCCUUCUGAUGACUCGAAUGAGUCUUCGGAUGAUGACAAAAAGACAAAGAAGAAAGAUGUUUCCAGUGUGAAUGAGUAUCGCAGUGCAAUAUCGGCCCUUCGGAACAGGAGCCUUAAUGACGACUUUCCCGAAGUGAACGUUGGGAAGACCAAGCCAAAGCCGGCCUUAUUGGGCCCUGAUGAAGUAGAUGAUGAUUGGCUGGAAGACGAUCUUGGAGGCAACAAGAAUAAGAAGAGAAAACUCAGCGAUCCACUCACGCUAGCGGCGAAGAAACCCGCAUACGAAGCUAUCAGAGAUACCGUCGCUAAUAUAAACAGAAUCGAACCGUUAGUGAAUAGCAACAGUAAAGCGAAUGUAACCAAACAAAAGACUAAAAGAAAUGACGUGGUCAUUAUAAACGAAAACAGUUCAGACUCAGAUAUAAACAUGAGGUCUAACGAAAAUAUAAGUCCCAAAACGAAUGCUGCUAUACAAUCUAUGAGGAAUAUAAGCAGAGAAUUGAACGAUUCAAGAACUCGAGACAGCCGAGGCAACAUGAAGAAACGUUGCAAAUCACAGAGCACGCUACUAAAAGCCGGAUUCCAAAGGAAAAUCAGCGACCACGACCAAUCCAGUAACAGCGGAAGCGAAAAUGAGUUCACACACAAACAGAAUAAAACCUCAAAUCGUUCCACCCCCGUGUCUCUAUCGCGCAAAGGUUCCAACGAAAAUUUCAACAGUUUUCGAUCCAACGACGGGUUUAAUCUAAUGCAGGGUGUAAACCACCAAGUUAUGCCGGCAAUGAAUGUGAUACAACCGAUUAACAUCGUGCAGUCGGGUCGCGACGGGCGUCCGAAGCAAACCGCCAUUUUGCCCCCAAUGGCGGUCGAUGUGCAAGUUGAAGACAAGCUGUUGAAGAUUGCGUUAAGAGUCGAUACGAUCAACAAGUUGACGAUAGGCUGGCUCGUGGAAGAGGUCAGGAAUAGGUAUUACAAACACACAGGCGUCCGCCCGGUCCUCAGCCUGCUGACGUCAUCGGGCGCGAUCCUCUCCGAGGACGACCCUCUGAGCCUGGUGCUCGCGUCUCCUCAGCUGACGGCCGCGGUGUCCGGCUGGAGGGCGUCCCACGCCGAGGAGCGGUACGCCGAGUGCUGUGACGCUUUGGGCAUAGCCCCAUCAGAAGAAAUACAGCAAGCGGUCGGCAGAAGUCACACCACGCACCGACUAGCGCUAGGAAACAACACCUUAUCCCCAUCGCAAAUACGACCAUUAUUCCGCGCCCUCACCCACCAAACCCACAUAACCGCAGUACUCAUUCCAGACAACAAACUAACCGACGACGGAAUGAAGUAUUUAGCCGAGUGUUUGUGCACGAUGAAGCAGCUGACACAGCUGGAUAUCAGCCGGAAUUGCAUAACAUCCGAAGGCGCAAAGAUACUCCUAAACCUCUUCGAAAAAGCCACCAGACCUGUAUGUCAGAGUCUUGAGUACUUAGACAUAAGUGGCAACAAGAUAGGCGAUGACGGUUUUAUAAGCAUUCUAAAACUAGGCCAAUACGUUCGCUUAAAAACGCUUAAACUAAACGACUGUGGUAUCACGCACCAAGCCUUCACCGAACACAACAAACCUAUUAUAAACUUAGACAGUAUCGAAUCCAUCGACUUGAGCAACAAUGAUCUAAAGCAGGGUAUAAUGAGUUGUAUCGUGUUGUCGUUGAGUCCGGACUUGGUGGUGGAGUUGGGGGUAGGCGCGGUGGGCGCGGAGGGCGCGGCGGUGGGCGCGGUGUGCGCGUGGCUGGGCGCCGCGCGGGACCAGCGCCUGCGCAGGCUCGACCUGUCCGCGUGUCAGCUGGUUGAUGGACAGUUCAUGAGGGUUUAUAGAUCCAUCAGCCGGGCGAAGAAUCUCCAAUCAAUAACUUUAAAAAACAACAAGCUUACGUUUAUAACAUUGAAGAAACUUCUACAAAGACAGCCACCGGUGCCGCAAAUAAACCUUGAGGGUUGCCAGGACAUCUUCAAGUAUUCCCCAGACUCAGACUUCCAAGUGUGGCUACCUGCCGUGGACUUCGGCCGGUGUAUACCAGAGAUCAAUGUGACGCCCGUAGCGAAAAGUGACGAGGAAAGAGAUAGUUUUAAGUUGUUUUCUAAAACGUGGCUGAACUGUUUUAAAGGACGCGGCGUGAUCGAGCAUUGUGAUGGAGGGGUCAUCAGGUUCACUGCUCGGUGAUGAAAUAAUUUGUUUCGGGCUCAGAUUUUUUUAAUUUUUUACCGAUUUCGAUGGAAGGAGGAAUUCUCAAAUUCACUGUAUGUAUUUCAUGUUUGUAUAAAGUACGCCAACCGGAAGGUGACAAGAGAGUUAACUGGGAAAUUUUGUCACGUUUUGAGCAGUAAAAUAAACGAGUUUAUGCUGCUAGGUUUUCCGCUAGGUGGCGAUUUUUACUACUCGAAAAAAGAAUACAUAAUAGUAUGCUGCUACAUUAUGCUUAUUUAAUUAAAACAAUGUUAUAAUAAUUAUAGUAUGGAGAGGACUACAGAACAUCACUUAUCAUAAAUUUACAAUAGGUCGAGUUCGAAACAAAUAAAAUUGACUGUAGAUAGAUAAGUUAUGUAUUGUAAAAUAAUAUGUGUAAUAGGCCUUUCUGGAAAGGCAUGAUAGGUAGGUAAGGUACCUAUUGUAUUUAUUAGUAAAUAGGUAGUAAGUAUUGAGAUAAAAAUCAAUGUAUUUUUUGACUGGUAAAGGCAAUAAUUACAGGUCUAAAUAAUACAUACUAGUGUUGUUAACGUUAUACCAUAAACGUGUACCGAGUAAAAGCCACCUGUAAAAUAUUUAAUAAGUACUUAUGCCAAUAUUUUUACUGAAGCAUUUUUGUGCCUAUGUAAUCCAGAGCAGACUUUCCCACCGCAACUCCCUGUAAUAAUAAAGUAAUAACCUACACCUGCUAUGUAGGCUAAGAAACCUCAGAGUGAAAAUGCUACCUGUUACCUGACAGGGGAUCAUAGUCGCAGCAGCUAACAAAUACUGCAUUGUAUUGUUUGUAAGUGAAAAUACGCAAAAAUGGUUAUAAGUAGGUAUGAAAUUAAUACUUUAGGCAGCCUGAUGGAUAUUAGAUGAAAUUCCACUAACAACCAUAAAUGAUUUUUGUUUUGUAUUGUUAAAAGUAAUGUUGUGUAUAGUGCCUACUGUAUUUUUGAUAAGAUUUUUGAGUGACCGUUUGAUAUCAUCUUGAAAGUAAAAGUAAUAAUUAUACUAGCAUAGAAUAAAUAAUAUUUAUUACGGA